AUGGACCAAUUUGCGUCGUCAAGUCGUCAAACGCCCCUCGGCAACGGUGCCAACCAUCCACCCAAGCACAUCGUCGGGCUUGGGCGGUUGACGAAAAUAGCUGUUCCGGUAAUCGCCGUACUAGGGCUCGGCUAUGGAGUAACUGUCCUGCGGGAGGCGCAGAAGCGCGUCCAAUAUCAAUCCAUUCAAGAAGAGGAACGUCUUCGCCAAAAUGCCCAGUUAAUGGAUGCCUAUGGAGACAAGACCAGCCUGGAUGAUAUGCAGAGAGCGUUGGAACAUUACCAUCAAGUAAGUGCCAUUUUUAUGUUUUAUCGGAACGGAACGGGGCUCUUUCAAAACAGCCGCUGA